AUUGGCGAAGAAAUGUUGGGAGGAUAGAUCACGCACUUCUUUGCGAUUUGCUGUCAUCUCCCUUCUUCAACCAGUUUCCGCCAUUGAAAAAGCUUACUCCCACCCCACCCCCACCCCCACCCCACCCCCACCCACCAGGUCAACACCACGCGCAUUCCUGGCAUCCUCUUCCACGCUUCUAUCUCUCUCUCUAAAUCCAUAAAAGCUUUACCUCUCUUAAACGCCGUUUGAACCGGCCAUCUUCCAUUGUUCAGCGCUUUAUUUUCCUGCUUUUGCUCCGUCUUUAUCUCUUAAUUAGGGUUUUGAGUUCUUCUCCAUCACUAGUCCUACAUCCGCAUUUGAAGAAAUGACUACCUCUGCUAUGAAGAAAAGCUUACUGCCUUCCGCAUUAGUCUCUAAUCUCGAACAGGUGCUUCUCAGACGUAAGGUCGGUGACGCCUCCACCGCCGAAGAAGGCAAGGAGGCGGAUCGGCAACAUGUGCCCGGCGAGGUGGAAUCGUCGGAGCUCUCAUCCUCGACGUCCAAUUCCGCCGAUGCAGCCGGAGACCUCGACGGCUCGAAGCCUAUCGUUUUGGUGACCAAUGCCGAUGGGAUUGAGUCACCUGGCCUCACCUCUCUCGUGGAUGCUCUGGUUCAGCUAGGCCUUUACAAUGUCGUCGUCCUAGCUCCCGAAUCAGAUAAAUCUGUUGCUGGCCAUUCUGUUACACUGAGAGAUACUGUUGCAGUAACUUCGGCUGAUAUCCAUGGUGCAACUGCUUAUGAAGUUUCUGGGACCCCUGUGGACUGUGUCUCUUUGGCAUUAUCUGGUGCACUAUUUUCAUGGCCAAAGCCUCUAUUGGUAAUUAGCGGAAUCAACCGGGGCUCAAGCUGUGGCCAUCACAUGUUUUACUCGGGUGUUGUAGCAGGGGCUAGGGAGGCAUUGUUUAAUGGUGUUCCUUCCAUAUCAAUAUCUCUUAACUGGAAGAGCAAUGCAAGCCAGGACAGUGAUUUCGAAUGCGCUGCAAGUGUUUGUUUGCCUUUGAUCACCGCAGCUAUUAGGGAUAUAGAGAAUGGUGCUUUUCCAAAAGGCUGCUUGCUUAAUUUGGAAGUUCCAACUGAUCCGCUUACAAACAAGGGAUUCAAGUUAACCAAGCAGAGUGUAUGGAGAUCCACACUUAACUGGAACGCUGUUCCAGCUAACAGGAAUGUUGCCGCAUCACGGUUUCUUUCAAACCAGCAAAGUCUUGGCUUUCAACUUGCACAGCUUGGUCGUGAUGCAUCUGCUGCUGGUGCUGCACGCCGUUUUACCACACAAAGGAAGAAUAUAGAGGUUGUUGAGUCAGUUGGUGUUGCUGGAAAGUCUGAUCCCAAUCGAACCGUCAAAUACUUCAGAUUGGAGUUACUUGAGAAGAAGCACGAAGAAGAGGAUGAGGAUUUAGAUUUCCUAGCACUUGAAAACGGCUUUGUUGCAGUCACUCCUAUAUCUAUGUCAACGCAAGAGCAGGAAAUACAAUCAGCUGCUUCAGAAUGGAUCUCAGCUGCCUUACCAGAAAAGCUAUGAAACUGCUUUUUAAUCUCGAUAUAAGCAGCUACCUUAUUAUUUAUCUAUUUAUUAAAGUAUAAGUGUACAAAGUGUGUGUCUGCUUGUAACAUUUGAUUAAACAACCGCCCAUGUAUCGCUAACCCCCCUCCCCCGCCAGCCCCAUGUCUUCUUAUUUCUUUGGCUAAGCUAAUGCAACCCUUCCCUUGAUUUAAAAACUGCCUUACUUGUAUUCUGGAGCACCUAUAAAAGUAUUGUUUUAUAGGUUUGUUAUUCUCCUAGGUUUUCUCCUGUAUGGGGGGUGGGGUUGUUUAGUUUAAUCAGCAAUCCUUGUCAGAGGGUUUAUA